AUGCUAAACCAGCUCCGCCGAAAAACCAACCAACACUGGACACACGCCAACUUGACAAAGCUACCUCCCAAUUCAGAGCGAGCUAAGAAAAUAACUCAAGCCAUCGCCUACUUCAUGUGCAAAGACCUGCGUCCAUACAACGUUGUGGAAAAUGAGGGAUUUUGUCACUUGCUAAAAACACUGGAACCAAGGUACGUGACUCCGUCGCGCCGUUUUUUCACGGAUACAGCCGUACCCAAGCUCUACAGAGAAGUUAAGCUUAAAGUUCAGCAAAGUUUGAAACCAGCAGAACGUGUUGCAUUAACUUGUGAUGCAUGGACGUCACGGGCAGUGGAUUCCUAUGUGACUAUUACAGCUCAUUAUCUCACAGAAGACUGGCAACUGCUGUCUCACGUUCUCCAAACUAGAGCAGUACACGAAAGUCACACCGGGGCAAACAUUGCUAACCUUCUGCAAAAUGCAGCACGGGAAUGGGGGAUUGCAGACAAAAACCUGGUGGUUGUCACCGACAACGCUUCUAACAUGGCCGUUGCCGUUCAGUUAGCGGGACACCUCCACGUCAAGUGUUUCGCGCACACGCUGAAUCUGGCGUCGCAGCGCGCGUUAAAUCUGCCAGCAGUGUCCAGGCUCAUGGGGAGAGUACGGCGAAUAACCAGCUUUUUCAACAGAAGCACGGUGGCAAACCACGCUUUAGAGAAAAAACAGAUGAUGUUACAGCUCCCGACCCAUAAACUGAAGACUGAUGUCAGCACGAGAUGGAACAGUGCUUAUGAAAUGCAACUGCGGUUUCUUGAACAACAGCCUGCUGUUUGUGCAGCGCUGUUGUCUCCCGAAGUAAGAAAGAGUAGCACAGAUGUCUUCACAUUGAAUGAGUCUGAUAUUGGGAACGCUGAAGAAAUUGUGCGAGCAUUGAAGUUGAUGCAAGUGGCGACAACCGUUAUGUCUGAGGAAAAGAAUCCUACUCUCUCACUCGUCGCACCGCUGCUCGCACAGUUGUUACAUGACACACAGGACAACAUUGGUGACACAGCGCUAAUCAGAGACGUCAAACAAAGCAUCAGUCAAGAUCUUAAAAAGAGAUAUGCCAGUGCAGCAGAGAAGAACACACUCUACACAGCAUCAUCCCUGGACCCCCGGUUUAAAACCCUGCCAUUCCUGUCCCAAGAGGAGAGACAGGAAACCUUUGCCAGAGUGGUUGCCGAGGCAGUAACCCUUCAGGAAGAAAUUAGGCAGCAGACCAUCUCUGAGCCAGAAGUCCAGGAGCAUCAUGAGGAACCUGGCUAUACUGAAGAGGAACCCGGACCAGCCAAGAUGAGGAAGUCAUGUGGGCUAACAGACUUACUUGGUCAGACUUAUGGUGAUGUUGGAGCCCCAACAAAAUCAUUAACUGCCAUAGCUGAGGAGGAAGUGAAAAGAUACCAGGAGGUCACACCACUGUCACUCACAGAAGAGCCUCUAAGCUGGUGGAAAUCACAUGAGCGAGUCUAUCCUUUCCUGGCCAAGCUGGCAAAAAGAUACCUUUGUAUCCCAGGUACUAGCGUCUCAGCCGAAAGGGUCUUCUCGACGGCUGGAGACAUUGUCACAGCACAAAGGAGCACUCUGAGCUCAGAGCAUGUUGAUCAGCUCCUGUUUCUGAGCAAGAAUGCUGACAUUCCUUCACUGUCCAAAUGUUUUUGAACUUUUUUUUAGUACCAAGGUUGGCAGCAAACAGUAGCCCAUUUUGUUUACUUAAACAG